AUGGGCCCCGGUCCCGGUCCCGGUUCUGGUUCCGGUUCCGGUUCCGGUCUGAAAGACCGGUGUUCACUGCCGUCGGACAGGCUGCGCUCGGCAAUGGAAAGUCGGCCGUCGUCAGCUCUGGACAAGCGUGACGCCGCCGCCGUUACGGCCAUCGCCGCGGCCAUCAGUGAGCCCGCCGAAGUGAAAGUACUGGCUGCAAGACCUGACGCUGCCACCGUCGUCACUUUCACUUGUCAUCGUCGUCUUCACCGUCGUCACACGUUCUCUCGCCCAAUGGACACGGCGAUGACAGCGGCGGCAGCGGCAACGGCAACGGAGACCGGCCGAGGGACAGACGCCGCCGCCGACCUCCUCGAAGACCCGGCGUCAGUGGCCUCCUCCAGCACUGAAGGUAAGCACACAGCUUGUUGCGUUGUUUUCCCUCCUGACGUUCUUUCCGCAUUCACUCGCUCCUCAUACACUCGGCUUCCGUCUUACUUACGGCUGAGCGUUGCGUCCUAACA